AUGACUAAUCUUAUUCCUCAGCAUGCUGAAAUUCUUACCAAAGCCGUCGAGCUUGUACAGGCUUUCUACUUGGACCAUCCUGAGAUCAAGGUGUCUCACGGAUGGAAGCAUGUUCAUGCCGUUUGGAAGCAUACCCAACAGGCUCUGAUUUCAUACUUUCACAAUGACGAAAACAUUAAUGAAAAUGAUAGCCGAUCAUCAUGGUCGUCAAGUAAAAUCUCUAUAGAGAUUCAGCUAGCAUCCUUGUUGCACGAUUUGGAUGAUCGAAAGUAUUUUCCAAAACCAAAGAUUACUCGUCUCUUGCCGAAUAAAUACAGCAAUGCUGCGGCUCUCUUGGAGCAACUCGGAAUUGAGGUUAUUGAAGGACUACCGGUAGGCGGUAGUGGCAACGACACUUUGAUCAAGAAUUAUAGUGAUAGAAUUUCCGGUCAUAUUAUUCUGCAGAUGAUCUCCUGGGUUUCCUGUUCCGAAAAUGGCAAUCUAGUUCCUAAAUUGGUCCAAGAGACAGGAGCCUAUCAUCUGUUGAUACCACGAUGGGCGGAUCGGUUGGAAGCCGUUGGUGCCAGGGGAGUCGUUCGGUGCUAUCAAUACAAUAAGGAACAACAGUCAGCCCCAUUGUUCAGUGAUCAAUCGCCACGUCCAAAGAAUGAGCAAGAGCUGUGGUUCCUGUUGCAAUCCAAUCCCAAUCGACUCCAUGACUACAUGGAUCGGGGAGGCACAAGCACAGAUAUGAUAUCCCACUACUACGACAAACUUUUGCCUGUGGCGAAGCCACCCAAGUCUAUCGUUCGAAACCAAUACCUUGAAACUCAAGCAGAUCUUGGAGCCAAACAUCUCGUGGAGGUCUGCGUCCGAUUUGGAAAAAGUGGAACUGUAGACAAGGACUACAUGGAUCAACUCGCGAUGACAUUGGGCUGA